AUGAUCAAGAGACUCCGCUGGUGUCAGACUCCCCACUGCUAUGCAGAGAAAAGUGUGGCAUUCUGGCUCAGUCAGGGAGAGCAGCUGGGGAAGAGCUGGGAGCUGAGUUGUUGGCCAAAGGAGCAGCCCCAUACUAGCCAAAGCAAAGGAGAGAGCGAGCCUGGUCUAGGCUACAGCAUUGAAGUAUCCACGGAACCGCUGGUUCCCGCGUUGGGAGAUACGCUAGAACUGAGAUGCAGAGUCAACGACUCCUCGCUGGAUCAGUGGACAAAUGGUGUCAUCACCAGAGGAAGCAAGCUGAUGUGGAGCGAAGGAGGCGCGAGAGACUGGUCCGAGUACAACGGGAGGGACUUGAUCAAUGACUUUACCGCCGGAGAAGCGAUUUUGCGGAUAGCGAACUUCAGCGUCGCCGACUACGGACUCUACCGUUGUCGCUGCGUCAACGAUUUCACAUUUCUUCAGUACGAGUUGUGCGGUGGUUCGGAUGGUCUAGAGACCCACUGCUCGGCAGCAACAGAACUACACCUCCUUCCUGCAGAUGGAGGCACUGGAAUUCACACAGAGUUUAUCGACAGUCCUGCUGAGCCGAGUCUGGCAACCGUCCUUUCAUCAAUUCCACGUCACCACGACACUCACUGCAUCUCUAUGGUAACUCAGUCGGUCAUCAGUUUACUCACAAUGGGGUGGAGUCUCAAGACAAAUGCAAAGUGUAUAUCUAGCCUCAGCAGUCUCCUUGGCUGUUUCCUCUAUGAGAAGCUAGAGUUCUGGAAGAGUUGGGUUCGUGGGCAUUUGGGAGUCGUCAAAAAAGCUCUGGCCCACAGUCUCCAGCCUGGAGAACCUGCUACUGUCGUGGCAGUGAAAUGCGUGAAAGACAAUGCGGCCCAGACGAUGAGAGAAGGACCUCAUUUCAGAGCUGAAAGUGUUAAAACAUGUCGGACCCCACCCGAACAUUGUCUGUCUCCUAGGAGCUGCGCCGUCAACAAUGGAAUGCUCCAUGUGCAUUAG